CAUCCAGUAAUGACGUGAACAAAUUAUUAGAAGGAACUCAGUUGUGUUCGAUCCAGUUUUAACUAUUAGUUUCCCAAUUUUCGCUAAAAAAUGGCUCCGAAACCUCGGUCGGACGCGCCCGUUGCACACAGAAAACGCAGACGGGGGAUUGCUAAGAAGUCAGAGCAACAAUCAACAGAUUCCAUCGAUUUAGUUGCCCUUCAGCAUACAGUUUCUCAACUGCAAACGCAACUGGCUGCUUUAGCAGUCCAGCAACCCCAACCGCCCGCCCCCACUGGUUCUCCACCUUCACUUACCACUCCACCGCUGAUUGACCUUUCCGUUUCGGAGCCUAGUAUGUCACUUAAACCACCGUCUAACUUGUGUUUACCCACACUUGAUAAUCCUACAUUAAAGUUACUGUCCGAUCGGCAUGGCUUCGUCAAUUUGCAUAAACUUCUACCGAUUAACAGAGGAGUCGAAUCAGUUUCCGAUCAGCCCUCGUAUGUGCCUGAUAACGACGGCAAAUUAAUUCCCACUGCUGCUGUGUCUAACCGCCGGAAGAUCGACUCCUUUAACUCAUGGCUGGAUGCCUUUUUACUUUUUGCUCGUUACCGCGUUUAUUUUCAUCCCGGUCUGGCUCUGGCGCUGUUUGCAUACAUCGACAUUAUCCGUGGUUUAUCACUAUCUCGUCCUCUGUUAAUCUGGCUGGAAUAUGAUCGAAGGUUUCGUGAUAAGAUGAGUAACCGUGACAUUUCUGACAACGCGUGGUUCAUCGAAGAUUCUUCUGUUAUUGCCGAGGUCAUGCGCACUAUCCCAUUGAACUCCACGGGUCCUCCUUUACAAAAAGAUAUCCGAUCGCCACCGCCGUCGGUUUCAGCGAAGCCACCAUAUGGCUGCUAUCUGUGCCGUAGCCCUGAUCACUACGCGAACUGGUGCCCCCAGCGUCGUAACCCGUCUGAAGCAUCUACUUCCGCUCAGCGUCCCGCUCCCGUUCCCAUCACCCAGCCACGUGACCAGAGCGCUACACAACGUGUGAAUCAGCCCUUUCGUCCACCCCGCGUUGCAGUCUGCCGGGACUACAACGCGGGACGAUGCUCCAACCCGUGCCCCGGUCGUCGUCUGCACAUCUGCGACGAAUGCUUCGACGCUUCCCAUACCCGACCUUUCCACUCAUCUUCAACCUCGUCUACCAACUAA